GGAGGAGACGGCCGGCGUCUGGCCGCUCGCUUCGUUUCCGCCUUUCCCCUCCCGCAAGUCGCCGCCGGCUCGCUGUCGUGGGGGGUUCUGGGGAAAACGCGACGAGAGGGGCAGAAGUGAUGGCGAAGUCGUGCAAGGGGUUGGCCAUGGAGCUCGUCAAGUGUCUCAGCGAGACCGACUGCGUUAAGGUGCAGAAAAGGCCGUACAAGGAGUGCGCCGGGGAGAAAGUGCCCAACAUUACCAGCGAGUGCGUUGGCCUGCGGGAGACCUACUUCAACUGCAAGAGGGGCCAGGUUGACAUGCGGGCCCGUAUACGCGGGAACAAGGGAUACUAGUGAUGUGCCCACAAUCUCCACAACCAGUUUUGUGUUCUAGCCAAGCUUGUGACAUUGAGGUGUAAUGAUAACAUGAUUUAGUUUGCCCAUGUUUCUGUUUUUGAUAGGUGAGGGGAACUCACAACACACAUGUGGCUUCAAUUGAUGACUAAUGAGGGAAGUGUAUUUGCUAUCUACAUUCUAGUACUUUUGAUAUUCCCUCUGUUCCAAAUUAAGUCGUUUUGGCUUUUGUAGAUACAUAAACUUUACUAUAAAUCUAGGCAUAAUAUAUAUCUAAGUGCAUACCAAAAGUUAUGUACCUAGAAACCAUUUGGAA